CUCUCAAACUCAAUCCAAUGUCCGUGGAGUAAAUUGAAAGCCCGCGUUGCAUAGAAACAGUCUCAAAAGCUCAGAGCACAUCCGUCUCUGUUUUGGCGACAUCUGCUGGUCAGUGGCGGAACAGCACUCCCUGUGACGAGAUCGACAACAACCCUUCUCGGCGAGCCGGAUUAGACCCCGACAAGGAGCUGUCGUACAGGCAACAAGCAGCGAACCUGAUCCAGGACAUGGGACAGCGGCUCAAUGUCUCCCAACUCACCAUUAACACAGCCAUUGUAUACAUGCAUCGGUUCUACAUGAUCCAGUCAUUCACCCGAUUUCACCGAAAUGUGAUCUCUCCUGCCGCAUUAUUCCUCGCUGCAAAGGUCGAGGAGCAGCCCAGGAAGCUGGAACAUGUCAUCAAAGUGGCGCAUGCGUGUCUCAAUCCUCAGGAGCCAUCACCUGAUGUUCGCAGCGAUGCUUACCUGACACAAGCCCAAGACCUGGUCAUUCUUGAGAGCAUAAUACUCCAGACCUUGGCUUUUGAAAUCACCAUUGAUCAUCCUCACACUCAUGUUGUCAAGUGCACUCAGCUCGUCAGAGGUUUUAUUGCAGCCAGCAAGGAUCUGGCCCAAACAUCCUACUUCAUGGCAACUAACAGUCUGCACUUGACCACGUUCUGCCUGCAGUAUAGCCCCCCCGUCGUGGCCUGCGUGUGCAUACAUCUUGCUUGUAAAUGGUCCAACUGGGAGAUCCCCGUCUCUACUGACGGCAAACACUGGUGGGAGUACGUUGAUCCCACGGUUACUCUGGAGCUGUUGGACGAACUCACGCAUGAGUUUCUGCAAAUCUUGGAGAAAACUCCCAGUCGGCUUAAACGGAUUCGGAACUGGAAGGCUGGAGGCCAGACCCCAAAAGCCAAGCCCAAAGUCCAGGAGGAAGGUGAACAGAGAGACGCCAUGAUCAGCAUGAUCUCCAUGGUCUCAUCAGAAAGCACUGUGGCGGGCCUCAUGAGCCUCUCCGCUCCGUCGGGCUCCUCUUCAUCAGGCGACAAGGAAAGGGUCACACCUGGGAGCGCUCAGACAUGGAGUGGGAAAGGUGUGUCUGCAGCUGAACUGCCGCCCAACCACGAGGUGCACACUCCUGCCAAAGUAUCGCUGAGUGAGUACCGGGCCAAGAACGCAGACGUACUAGCCGCCCAGAAGCGGAAGCUCGAGAACAUGGAGGACAGCGUCAAGAGGGAAUACGCCAACGCAGCGAAGGCUCUCAUUGGUCAGCAGCAGAGGAAAGAGAAGCAGCAGCAUCACCACCACCAGCAGUCCAGCUCCUCUGGUGACCUGUCGAACCCCUCGCCCAUUAUUUUGAAAAUCCCCUUGGAAAAAGAGAGACACGACCGCUCUUUAAAAGUGCGUUAUCCAGUUUCAGGGUCAGGAGGGGGCAGCGGUCACAGCAGCAGUAGUGCACACGGCAGCAGUGCCCGAGGUCAGGAUGCGGACAUUAAAGUCAAAAUACGAGUGCCUGACAAACUAAAGACGAGCUCGGGGGAGGACGGCAAGAGCAGGGACAAGCACAGGGAGCGCUCUAACCACCACCACCACCAACACCACUAUCACCAUUCCUCCUCCAGCGGCGCCUCACUUUCUUCCUCACACAAACAUUCGUCUAGUUCAAGUGGGGGUUUAGGAAGCAGCAAAAAAGUCCCCAAUGACUCUUCUAGAACAAGUUCUUCAUCGUCUUCGGCCUCACGGAAGAGGAUACACCCUCAAGACCCUGCAGCCAGCUCCCACCCACCCUCCAAAGCCAGCAAGUCGUCCAGGAAUCCGUACCAACUGCCGUCAUUGUCUUCCUCCUCCGGACAAACUUUAGGUCACGGACCCGACCUGCUUCCUGCUCUGGGCCUUCCCCACCAUCAAGGGGCGUACUCGCACUCCAAAAGUGACAAGACGGACACAAAUGGCCACGGUGCAGCAGGCGGAGUCCAGUCCAACGAGUACCAGGACACGUUUGACAUGCUGAACUCUCUGCUGAGCGCUCAGGGCGUCCAGCCCGCACAGCCGUCCAUGUUUGAGUACCGCUCUCAGUAUGGAGACUAUAGAUUCCCCCCCGGCUCCAGGGGGAACAACCCCAGACCCCCGCCCCUACCUUCAGAACCACCUCCCCCACUUCCUCCAUUACCCAAAUAACCCUCAUACUUGACAUCUGAAACGUCCACUUUGUUACAAAGAGUAUUGUACAAUGUUUUAAAAUCUUAUUUUACUUUUUCGACUUUUCUACUCACCCAACAUCAUCACAGGCUUCAGGGGGACAGCAGAGAAAUGUACUGGGGUGAAUUUUAUCAUUAUUAUUUGCAUUUUAUUGGUGGUGCAAUAAUAAUAAUAUUUUAAGGAUUCUUCGAGGAAAACAAAAAGUAAACAUGUAGAUACUUUCUCUCUUUGGAAAAAAAAUGAUGAUGGGAGACAGUUUAGAGAUCCCAAAUACUCCCAUCACUUUUAGGUCCUUUAAUCCACAUCUUUUUGUGAUGUUUUUUUACGAUAAAUUAUUUAUUGACUACUUUUAAAAACAUGGUUCUUUUUUUUUCUACCUUUCUAUGGCCAGCUCUGUUCUGUAAGUGCAGAAGCUUCCUAAAACUGUAUAGGCUAAGUUGAGAGUGCAUGUUUCCAAAGCCAUCUUUACAGUUUUUAGUCUUCUUUUUCUUUAAAGAGCCAUAUAAAAAUGACAUAGCCCUGCGCGUUCUGUUUUAUUUUAUUGACAUUAUUUGGUUAACAUGGAAACAAUACUGCAGUGUGUGUAAAAGAAUAUUUUUUGGACAUUUUGUUAUGGAAAAUUGCCAAAAAAAAAAAUGGAAAUGUAAAGUAAGGAAAGCUUGUACAUUUAGUCUUUUUUUUAAGUGUUGCAGUCAUUGUUUUAAAUGGUUGUAAAAUAUCCAUACUCAGUUCUCCUAUGAAUACACUAACUUCAUACCAAGGACGUACAUAGAACUGUUCAAAGGUUUAACAUAUCUAUCCAAUAUGAUCAUGAUGAAGGACUUGUCAACAGGAAAAAGGGGAAAAAAAACAAUAUAUUUCUGUUUUGUGAAAUGUGAAGGUUUUUGAUGAUACUUUGUAGCAUAUUGUUUAAAACGGUUGCUAUGUGGUUUGCUACGCACAAACAGCAUUCAUCAAAAACCUUUGCAUGCGUCUUAUAAUUGUGUAAAAAUGCAAUGCAAGAAAGCUGUUGAAAUACCUCCAUUGCAGGACCCUGAGUAUGAUGAGAAAUGAAUGUUUUCUAUUUUAUAUAAGCGCUCAGCAGUGGAAAAAAAAAUCAAUUUGUUGACAAGAAAGUUGGUAUCUCCUGUACAUUUCACACAUGUAGCUUUUUAUGGAUUUGUUUAGUCCACCUGCUCCUAACUGGUGUCUUUUUUUUUUCUUUUUUUUAUCAAUUAAAAAAAAAUGGCUGUUUGGAGUAUAUCAAAUCAGUCAUACAAAUGUAAGAUAUUGUUUUCCCUUGAUGAAUUAAAAGUGUGCUGAAAAAAGCUCUUUACCUGGGCUGUAAAGGUUUUUGGUUGUAACAGGGAAAUGGUGAAUGCACUGAAUUUUUAAGCAGUUUUUUUUUCCUGCUGAUGCAGUUGACAAAGUGUUACAUUUUUAUGGGUAAAAAUAGUGUGGAUCUUUGGUACACCCAUUUAAACCAUGCUUUUAUUUGAUCUAGGAAUCAAUAAAUUUAAGUAUUUAAGGAAACAUGAAAGCUAUUAAAACGCGUUUCAUAGCAAAACCAUAUAACAAGCUAAGGACACGUGUGCAACCUAACAAUGCAAAAAUCACAGCUACAACAUCCUAAGUUUUGUUUCUUAAUGUCAGGUGUUUUUAUUGGCACUCAGGUCUAGAAUUAAAUUUGUUUUCAUUAAAAAGGUAUAUGUGAACACUGAUCUUUUUGAUAUAUUGUGGUUGCUUUAUUCUGAAAGUCAAUAAAUAUAUUGAAAAA